AUGAGCUGGUACGACGCUUGGCUCUCCCAACAGCUCAAAGAUAUCCCUUACUGCAUCAGGGAGCUUCGUGUCGGAAGCAAUUCACUUCUCACAAAAUCUUGUUUAGAUCGACUUUUCACUGCGAUUGAGUGCGUUGCACAGGAAAUUGAAGGAGUCUUCAUUGACGAAAUUGUGGCUCGCUUGCAAGAAAUCGGAAUUCUCGAUAGUGCAGACAAGUUCUUGGAUGCUCAGAAGCUCCUUAUAUUCGCUGUCCUCGGUUGGCAGUCCAUGCUGUACCAGGCCGCUUUUAAUGUCUGCUCGGUUCGAGAACUGGCUAUCCACCAAGAUUCCGACCAGCCUAUCCAAUCGCCCUUUGUCAGUGCUAAUGAAAGCGUUCGGCAACCUCCUGCCAGCUCGACCAUCCACAACCGCGAAAUUUGCGAUUGA